CCUGCUCCUAUAUCCAUUCCCACCCGCCCAAUAGACAGGCCCUUCAAAGCUGAUUUAACAGGCUAGAUUGGUGUACCAUACAUCCGAGCCACGGGUGCUCUGUAGCGCUAGCUCUGAGCUUGUCAGGUCUUCGCCAUCUCAUGUUAUGUUCAAUUGUAUGCACACUGUGAUUUAACCAGCUAUUACAUAUGGGAGAUAAUAGCCGUAUCGGUGAUACCUUGUUCGUCCCUGCCAUGGGCAAGGUCUCGACCCGAUCUCGAACAGGCUGCUUAACGUGCCGACGCCGUAAGAAAAAGUGCGACGAACGGCAGCCUAUAUGCAGCGGAUGCGACAGAAACCAGCUUGCCUGCGAGUGGUUUUCUAAUGAGCUGGUGCCUAGAACACGACGGUCACGUUGCCGUCGACAGCUCGCAGUGAUCCAACUACCACAUGAGGCACAGGCAAUGCUCAAUGUGUUUGCCGUCCCGAAGCCCGGGAUGGCGGAGCGACUAUUAUCUCAUUUCAUAGAUCACAGCCCAAGGUGGUUAUCAACCAGAACUGGGACACGCAGAUCAGACUUUUUGAAAUAUUUGCUUCCAGCGGUAUUCGGAAGCCUACAGGUUCAUAAUUGUGUUCUUAUGAUUGCCUCGGCUGAUCUGGCCAAAUAUUGCCGCGACGAUGUCGAAGUGCAAGCUGUAGCAGUAGAGUACUACGGGAAAGCUGUUUCCGCUUUGCAGGGAUCGCUGAACGAGGAGCUGGCUAGUAUGGCUGCAUACAAUCUACCAGGAUCCGAUUACACACCUUUGGCGGUCCUGCUGUUGUGUCUGCAUGAGUGCCAGAACUUCACGAACAGCACGCGCAUAGUGCCUCAUCUUAAUGCUGCCGCCGCGCUCCUGCUCCGUCGCCUGCAUUACACCCCCGAAGACCUGGCACUACGAAGCUUUUUGUUUGAACUAUUUUGUUACUAUUUCUCCUUAGUAGCCUUCUCCCACGGCUCCAAACUUUCGCUUUGUCAAGCAUCUUCCAUCUUCAGCUCCCCCAUUGUUACGCAGUAUCUCCAACAAGGCAACGUCAUGGGCACCUCGCAGCGGCUCUUCAUGUGCAUCUUUCGCAUAUCUAUGUUGGCGGAGAAGGUACUCUCUGAGAGGCAGCUACAUGACUCACCGGCACGGACGGAACUUGUCACGAUUGAGCAGCAACUGAUCGCCUGGCAAGCUGAGCUUCCAACAAGGGGAGACGCGGAUGUCGCUUGGUUGAACGAUGCAAUAACAUCCGAACUUUACCGCCUGGCCUGUCUGAUAUAUAUCAAAAAGGUUCUAGAUACCGCUUUGUCCGACCAAAGUCCACCUAUCCAGGCACUUGUUCUGGCAUUUGUCGAACAUUUAAGCCAUUUACCACCCGACGCACCGUCCAACAAUAUCCUUUGUUGGCCUCUGGUUGUGGCAGGGCUCUCUGCUGUAGUGGCUACACAUCAGCGGGCUAUUAGCACCAGGUUGGGACAAAUCUAUGACAUAUGGCGGUCCGAUAUACUUUGUCAAAGUGCCGCGUUUCUGCGACAAAAGUGGCGAGAUGAUCGGAGUCCGAACCGUCAUUCCGCGGCAUCCUCGUGUGGAGAGCAGGAGAAGGGUCAAGACGACUCAACAGUUGCGAUCAAUGAUAUACUCAAGCUCCAGUUCCCGGUCAUUUUGGUUUAGUCGUUGGCAUGAAUACAGAUGUUGAAUGUACUUGUUUACGUCUCCUGUCUCACUUGCCAACGCCAACAACAAGUUUGCAGUCUGCUGGCCUUGCUCUCCUUUCUACGUGCAGGGUGCACAAAUGCAACACUUACACUAAAUACGUCACAUCUGGCGCCAAGGUGCCCAUUCUACUGAAUGUUGUAACUGUAAUUG